UGACCGUCUUUUUCUCUCGUCGCCACCUUGCAGAGCGCGCUGCAUCUCGAUCUCGGAUCGCCGAUCGUUAUUCGCCGGUGGACGAUGGUGCGAGGCGUUAUUCAAUUUGACUGAGACGACAACACACAAGCAAAUCCCCCUUGGACCGCAGCCCCUGCGUGCGGCGUCGCCAGCCAUGGCGCCCGAGAGAUCCCCGUCGGCAGACUCGCUGUCGUCCGUGUCGACGACUAGCAUCGUCUUCGACCGAAUACAAGAGGAGAUGGAGAAGGGGAAAGUGCCGCGAAAGGCCCGCGCCAGGCUUGGAUACACCGACGUGUACACUGAGGAUCCCCUCAAGGACGAAGCCGACGACGACGCCGAGACCGAGGCCUUCCUGGGCUCAACCGGCGCCGCCCUGCAACGCCGGCCAAUGGACAGAAAACUGCGUCGCAUCCUCUUGAUCGGCGCCGUUGUCUUCGCUGCUGCCUGGAUAGCAUCGCUCGUCGUCUUCGUCUCUACGGGAUCGUACAAACACGCCAGCGAUGUGGAGCACGACCCAGACGCCGACUCUCGUGGCUCCGGCAAGCCUGUGACCUUGGAACAGCUCUACGAUCGCUACUGGUCGGCCAAGCACAAGUCCAUCAGCUGGAUUGCAGGUCCUGAUGGCGAGGACGGCCUGCUACUCGAGCGCGGAGUCCCGGGCAAGGAUUAUCUCGUCGUCCAGGAUGUUCGGUCAGCCGUUGGAAACGAAACUGCAACUGCUGCGGCAGACGAUGCGGAUACUCAGCUGGCCAAGUCUCGCACCCUCAUGAAGGACGCCAAUUUUGAAUAUGCUGGCCAGACCUAUACCCCCCAAUGGCUUCAGCCUAGUCCGGACCAGAAAAGGGUCUUGAUUGGCGUAUCUCAAGAGUCCGUUUGGAGACAUUCCUUUACAGCCAUCUAUUUCAUCUUCGACGUGGAGACGCAGACGGCGGAGCCUCUGGUGCCAUUGGAUGCGCGAGCUCGAGUUCAGCUUGCAGGCUGGAGCCCCAGGAGCGACUCCAUCUCCUUUACCAGGGAGAACAAUCUCUACAUCCGCCGUCUCACCGGCGACGGGGACAUUGUCCAGAUCACAGAGGAUGGCGGCCCAGAGUACUUCUAUGGCAUCCCCGAUUGGGUGUAUGAAGAGGAGGUAUUCGGUGGAAACAGUGCCACUUGGUGGUCUGAAGAUGGAAAGUAUCUGGCCUUCCUUCGAACCAACGAAACUGGAGUUCCCGAGUAUCCUGUGCAGUUCUUCAUCUCGCGCCCCAGCGGCCACGCCCCUCCCAGUGGCGAAGAAUCCUACCCCGAGGUGCAGCAAAUCAAGUAUCCCAAGGCCGGUGCGCACAACCCUGUUGUAGACCUCCAGUUUUACGAUGUUUCCAAAGGCGAUGUGUUCUCGGUCACCACUGGUGACGAGUUUCCCGAUGAUGAUCGCAUCAUCAACAGUCUCAUCUGGGCAGGCGGCAAGGUUCUUGUCAAGCAAACCAAUCGCAUCAGUGACAUCCUCAAAGUGAUUCUCAUCGACGUCGGUGAGCGCCAUGGCAAGACAGUCAAUAGCAUUGAUGUCGGCGAGAUUGACGGCGGCUGGUUCGAGAUCUCUCACUCCAUGACCUAUGUCCCCGCAGACCCCGAGAAUGGCCGACCAGAGGAUGGGUAUGUGGAUACCGUCAUCUAUGAUGGCUAUGAACAUAUUGGAUACUUUACGCCGCUCAACAACUCCGAGCCCAUCAUGCUCACCUCCGGCGAGUGGGAGGUAGAUGAAGCCCCUUCGGCGGUUGACCUAGUCAACAACCUUGUAUACUUUGUAGCGACCAAAGAGUCUUCUAUCCAGCGCCACGUGUACUCUGUGAAGCUUGACGGCUCUGAUUUGCAGCCCUUCACAAACAUUUCCGCCGAGGCCUACUACCAGGCCUCCUUUUCUUCGGGUUCCGGAUUCGCUGUGCUCUCGUACCGGGGACCCAAGAUUCCACACCAGAGAGUCGUGUCCACCCCCUCCAACAGCAUCUCCUACGACGUUGUUGUCGAAGACAACGCCGAGCUCGCCGAUCGUGCCAAGAGACACGAGCUCCCUGUUCUGAAAUAUGGGACAAUUGAUCUCGGUGAUGGAGUAACCGUCAACUACCUUGAGCGUCGUCCGGCGCACUUUGACCCCAAGAAGAAGUACCCCGUUCUCUUCCAGCAGUAUUCUGGACCCGGCUCUCAGCAGGUCACCAAGGCGUUUGCCGUUGAUUUUCAGUCCUACGUUGCCUCCAACCUUAGCUACCUGGUCAUCACCGUAGACCCCAGAGGCACGGGCUACCUUGGCCGCAAACACCGAGUGCCAGUCCGCUCUAAGCUCGGUCUCCUCGAGGCACAAGACCACAUCGCGGCCGCUCGCCACUUUGCCUCCCUCGACUACGUCGACGAGACGCGCCUCGCCAUCUGGGGCUGGUCAUAUGGCGGUUUCACCACGCUGAAGACGCUCGAGCAAGACGCCGGCCGAACAUUCUCCUACGGCAUGGCCGUGGCCCCCGUCACCGACUGGCGCUUCUACGACAGCAUCUACACGGAGCGGUACAUGCGCACGCCCCAGGACAACGACGAGGGCUACUCCCUCUCCAAGAUAUCCAACGCCACGGCCCUUGGCGAGAACAAGCGCUUCCUGCUCAUGCACGGCGUCGCAGAUGACAACGUGCACUUUCAGAAUUCGCUCACGCUCCUGGAUAACCUGGACUUGGCCGGCGUGGAAAACUACGACGUGCAUGUUUUCCCUGACAGCGACCAUGGCAUUUAUUUCCAUGGCGCAAAUCGCAUUGUAUACGAUAAGCUGAAUAACUGGCUUAUCAACGCCUUCAACGGAGAGUGGCUCAAGAUUUCGCAUCCUAAGCCCAACGGCAAGAAGAUCAACCUGUUUUCGUAA